AUGGCUCCAAGUAAAAUCACUUCUAAGGAACAAGUCCAUGAAUUAUUAAACAACUAUGACACUUUUGUCUUUGAUUGUGAUGGUGUUAUCUGGUUAGGUGAUCAUAAAAUUCCAGGUGCUGUGGAAAGUAUUGAAUUAUUAAAAAAAUUAGGUAAACAAGUUAUCUUUGUUACAAAUAAUUCAACAAAAUCAAGACAAGCUUAUACUAAAAAAUUUGAAAAAUUUGGUUUAAAUAUUAGUAAAGAAGAAAUUUUUGGUAGUGCUUAUGCAAGUGCAACUUAUUUACAAGAAUUUUUAAAAUUACCAAAAGAUGAAAAAGUUUGGGUUUUAGGUGAAUCUGGUAUCCAAGAAGAAUUAAAAGAAUUAGGUUAUGAAUCUAUUGGUGGUACUGAUGUUCGUUUAAAUGAAAAAUUUGAUUCAAAUACUACACCAUUCUUACCAAAAGAUCCAAAAGUUGGUGCAGUUAUUGCAGGUUUAGAUCCAAAUAUCAAUUAUCAUAGAUUAGCAAUCACUUUACAAUAUUUACAAGAUCCUAAUGUGAAAUUUCUUGCUACAAAUAUUGAUUCAACAUUCCCUCAAAAGGGUUUAAUCCUUCCAGGUGCUGGUUCAAUUAUUGAAUCUGUUUCUUAUAGUUCAGGUCGUACACCAAUUGCUUGUGGUAAACCAAGUCAAAACAUGCUGGAUGCCAUUGUUGCAGAUAAAAAAUUGGAUAGAUCAAGAACCAUUAUGAUUGGUGAUCGUUUAAAUACCGAUAUUAAAUUUGGUAAUGAUGGUGGAUUAGGUACAUUAUUAGUUUUAACUGGUAUUGAAACUGAAGAAAAUGUUUUGAAAACUGGUGCACCAAAAUAUUAUGCUGAUGGUUUAGGUGUUAUUGGUGAAUUAUAUUAG